CGUUGACAACAGCGCAAAGCGCAGCGCCGGCCGCACCGAAGCAACGACAAAAAUGCAUGAGGCAGCGUAUAAACGAUACACGCACAUCGCGUCGCCGCCGUCGACGCGCCACGCACGGUUUCGGGGGCUGCCUCGGCGCAUACCGGUUGGGGCUGCCCGACCACUGGGCAGCCCCGUGCCGCCGCGCCACCGCCGCGCCAUCACCACCACAACACACACGCGCCGCGGCGGCGGUGCCGACCCCGCCGUAGCGAUUGCGACGCGUACCCGCCGCGCAGGCCGCCGCGCGAGGAGUCCAAGGACGACGACGUCGUCGCGCGGAACCCCAUCGAGGCGCGGCUGCUGGCCCGCGAGCGCGAGCGCAAGGCCAAGAAGCCGCUGACGGCCAAGGACCUCGACAACAAGAUGGCCGAGGCCGAGGAGCGCCGCCAGCUCGAGCUCGAGGCCAUCAAGUUCAAGGGCGCGCAGUUCUCGCGGCCCGCGCCGGGCCCGCGCCGGACCGUCGACUACGGCGAGGAGAAGGACUCGCACAAGUAGGCGCCGCCGCCGGCCGGACGACCCGUUUUUAAUUUACUAUUGUUCUUA